AUGGCGGCGGCGGCGGCCCGCCUGGUCCGCCGGCCUUCCCCGUCGCUGCGGCCUGCCCGGCCUCCCUCGGCGUCGACGGCGGCCGCGCAGGCGAGCGAGGCGCUGCUGGACGUCUGCCUGAGGCGGCGGUUCCUGGCGGGCCCGCGGGGCAGCGGGGCGUCGCUGCUGAGGGCCCCUCACCCCGGCCUGGGCCCAGCCGGCAUCCAGCUGAAGAACAACCUGGCGGCCGAAUGGCGGGCCGCCCUGAACCUGCUCGGGGAGCCCGUCUUCCCCGUGGAGGCCCCCCACCACGCUGCCCGGGCCCCCGACGCCCACCCCCGGGCCCUGAGGGUCGUCCCCGAGGACAGCUGGACGGCCAUCGUGCGCGACCGAGCCCUGGGCGGGGAGGACCGGCUGGCCCGUCUGCACGACCUGUUGGAGACCUCCGGGACCCUGCGGACCGGCCUCCUUCACGGUGCUUUGGAGCAAUAUGUGAACUGCCUGGAUUUGGUCAAUAAGAAGUUGCCUUAUGGUCUAGCUCAAGUUGGGGUGUGUUUUCAUCCCAUUCCUGAUGCUGGGGAUGGAAAUCAUGGCAUCCAAAGAGUAGGUGAAAGGACGGUUUCUUCCCUCGUGUGGUUUGCCCCUCCAAGAACAGCAGGCCAGUGGCUUGAUUUCUGGUUGCGUCAUCGACUCCUGUGGUGGAGAAAGUUUGCUUUAACUCCAUCAAACUUCAGUAGCAGCGACUGUCAGGAUGAGGCUGGCCGAAAGGGAAUCAAAUUGUGCUACAAUUUUCCAUGGGGAAAGGAGUCAGUAGAAGCCUUGUGGAAUCUAGGAGAUCAUGAACUUUUACAGAUGUAUCCUGGAGAUAAUUCCAAAUUGCAGGGCCGAGAUGGAAGAAAAAGUGUUGUUCCUCAUGUUCUCUCUCUGAGUGGAGAUCUAGACCGUGGAGUGCUAGCUUUCCUCUAUGAUUCACUUCAGCUGUCAGAGAACUCCCUUACCAGAAAGAUAACUCUGCAGAGAAAGGUACUCAAACUUCACCCUUGUUUAGCCCCAGUUAAGGUGGCAUUGAAUAUAGGAAAAGGUCCAGCUAUGGAGUUGAGACAGGUUUGUCAGGGCUUAUUUAAUGAACUGGCAGAAAAUGGAAUAUCAGUUUGGCCGGGUUAUUUGGAAGCCAUGCACUCUUCCCUGGAGCAACUUUAUUCAAGGUACGAUGAAAUGAGUAUCCUCUUCACAGUUCUUGUUACUGAUGUUACUCUGGAAAAUGGAGUAAUACAACUGAGAAGCAGAGACACUACGAUAAAGGAAAUGAUGCAUAUUUCUAAAGUUACAGAUUUUUUAACCAAGUAUAUUACAGCAGCCAAAAAUGUAUAGGUUAAAAUUUCUUAUUAAAUAGUUUGUUUCAAGCCGAACAUAUUUCCUGUAUCAUCUCCUCUAUCGAGGCUGCUGCAUUGACAAAGAUGUAUUCAGUCACUUUUUGGUGCUUCAUCAUCACUCCUUCCAUCCUGCGCCCUUCAAUAUUAUGUGAUGCUGAUCUGCAGUCGAACUAGAGAUGGUGAUUUGAAGAUGGAAAGAAUGAAACUGGGAAUAUCGGGCCUCUGACUGAUUUGAGCAAGCCCCAGUGGCAAUUCCUCAUCACAGUCUCUGGAGGCGGCUGAAUUGUCUGUUCCAGGACACUGUAUUUCAAGAUGGGCUAAAAAUAAUUUUUGAAAAGGAAUCUAAAUAGAUGUAGCCAGCCACAUGAGUAAAUAUAUUUGUGUACUCUAAAUAUCUUCUGGUGUGUUUCCUGAAGAUUUGAAUUGUCAAUACUUAGGUUAAAUUAACUGGAAAUGCUUUUGGACUUUUGGUGAAGAUUAAUCCUAACAAAGAUAACAUCCUUCAUUUUAGCCCCUACAGAGACACUGUUGCCUAAAGAGAUGAAGCCAAGGUUGUGAUGCAAAAAUUUCCAAUGGAUUUUUGUCUUUACUCUUGAUUUACACUAGAGAUAGAUUCUAAAUGCUUCCAGGAAGUGCAAGGGGCAUCAACAUGACAAAGGAAAAUCUUACAGCUUCUCCGAAGUGGGGCAAGCUCUGGAGUGGAGCCUGGCAGUGUGAAACAUGCCCUGUGUGAUCUGUGCAUAUCAAAUGAUCUGUUCUUAGCAGAAAAAGGGUAAUGGUCUCUUUAACGGAUACAUAGGGCAGUUGCGUGCGAACCUUGCUCUGUGCUCUGUGACUCAGAGUUCCUCUCCAAGACAAGGAACUCAAGACCUGAGAGAUUACAUUUGUCUGUGAGACCAUGUCACCAUAACAUGAAGAAUAAUUAAAGCAUUUGCUUUCCAUUAGUUCACUGGAAAUAUCGAAGUUCUCAGUACCAGGCUCUUCAGGAAGCUGAAAGAAUAUUUUGCAAAUAUAAAAUGUUUUGGCCUACAUUUUCAGAGUGGAGAUACACGAUUUUGAUGACUUACUAAAGAAAGAUGGAAAUUGCAGAACCUCAACUACCAAUUUCAGUAGGAUUCUGCGAUUCUGAGGAUGUGCUCCUCAGCAGUUGUUUUAGAAACAUGGAACUUAGAAGCUUCAGAAAAAGGCAGUAGAGGCCAUGCUGACCUCAGAAAGGGAAGGGAGAGGCUCCUUAUUCCCAGGAUAUCAAGUAGCUUUUGACCGAUUUUGGACCUUAAGGCAAUUAAAUCUGUGCAGAGCCAGGUAGAAGCUGGUUAUGGACUCCUGACUUGGAAGUUGCAUACCUCUUAUCUACCCUGCACAAGAUCGAUUGUUCCAUCUCAGAUUGGGCAGUUACCACUCUUUUCAUUCCCUUUGGACUCGUUUUCACCUUAAUAGAUCACGAGUGACUUAGAGUCUUUGUGGCAUCAUCCAAAAGGCAAUGACUUCAUGUUUCUAGACAACCCUAAUUUAAGAUUACCUCCAGAUCUACCCUGCCGGACCUCCAGGCCACCAUGUGGGUUUCAAGUUAAAUCUAUUGGAAUCCCAUGCAAAUUGUUUCUCGUAUCCUAAACUUCACUUGGGCUGCUUUGGAAGUACCAGUUUUCUUUCCGGAAAGUGGAGUUACGGAAAAUCUGACACCCUUACAGGGCCUACAAGUCUAUGCCAAGCCCCAGGAAGUUAUCUUUUAUCUUCUGGGCAACUUGGCAGCCACCACCAUUGCCCUGCCAUUGACUUGCCUGUGAUGGGCAGCUUUAAAGCUAGCUCCUUGGCUGCAUUGGAUGGGAGCUGAGCCAUUCCUACAGGAACCAUGGUGGAAACUUUGCGUGCAUUUUUGCUUCCUGGCACUUAAAAUUCGCCAUGAAAAAGAACAUUUGCUCUGUUUGCUAUUAGACACCCUGAGAAAAGAAGAGAGCAUUGUUCUCAGCCACCUUUAAGGACUGUAGUCGCUGCUGAUACCAUAAAGGAUAACUGGAUUAAGUAUUGCCAAUGCAACCCUGAACAUUUAAAAUGAAUCUGAAUGUGUAUAUUCUCCCUCCCAAGCCCGAAGAAGAAAGUUCCAGAUGGGAGUCUCUAGAGUGAGUUCUCUCUUUCCUUUGCCAUUUUGAAGUCCUGUUUCCAUGUCAAAGAUUUAAGGCCAGAUGCAGAGAGAAGUUUACCCAAAAGGGACAGUCAACACAAGGUAGGGGGUUUCACUUUAAGAUUAGAAACAGUAUAAACCCUGGUGACAAUAACAUUGCUUUUAUCUGAAUACGUUUGCAGCUCUAGGGAUCAGAGUUUCCCAAAGGAAAUCUGCUUAAUUCUUCCAUCUCCACUUGGAUCAGAGUUUGCAACAGUGAGCACUGGUAGGACUUGUUAUGCUUGGAGGGAAGUUUUGAGUGCAGGGGAAGAUUAAUGCCAAAAGUCUGCCAAAGCUUAGGAAAUGGGGGAAGAGACGAAAGCAUAUCUGAAAGUCUUUUAUUCUAUAGGCACUACUUUUUCCAUGUAUUUUCCAGGUACCUUGUAUUUCAGGGUUUUGAGCCAUCCAUUUUUAAGCUUUAUUCUGUGUUUUCAUUUGUGGUUUGUCUUUUAGCAAUGGGAGAAGAGAAACAUAAAACCUAAAUAAGGGAAUUCCUUGAGGGCAGGGACCACAUCUUAUUCUUUUGUUGUGCUCUCCGAAGAACUCUGCAUGCAGUAGGUUUUCAUUACAAAAAAAUUGAUUUCCUGUAAAGAUUUAUCCAUGUUGAAACAGCAUCUAAAAUGCCUCUGUGGAAAAAAAAAUGGAGAUUAAUAAUAGAAUUUAUCAACAAAAUAGGUUUUGGUUUUUUUAAAAGUAAAGACUUUACAGAAGGAUUUAACAGCAUUCUUGGAGGAUGGGCUCGAGAAUUGAUGUAAACCAAUUGGAACAAAAGAAUAAUGUUCAGAUAUGCAAAAUGAGGAUUAUUUGGUUUCUUGUCAAGCUGCCAUCUUAGUGGUAUUCUCAAAUUUUUCAUUUCAUUCUUUUGCAUAUAAUUGUUAUAUAAGAAACCUACCUUGAGAAGUUGUUUUAUUCUUUCAAAUUUCAUCUGAGGACUUCAGAAUAUAUGACUCUUGUGUCAUUUUCAUUUCUGGCACUUUUUCUGAAAAGGUCAUUCAGAAGAUUCAUAAAGUUUAAAUAGCCCAUUUAGAGUUGCAUAAAGUCAAAUUCAGCUUUUUCCUUGAUUUCAGGGACAUGAGCUUUCUCCUCGAGGGCAUUCUUUGUUCUAAUCUCUGUAUCAUAUCUGUCUGUAUUUUUGAAAACUCUAGUGUGAAUUUUAUGACACCACUUCCUCCAAGAUAUUUAUUUGGGGUUUUUUGGGAUGGCUUUUGUUAUGUUUUUUUGUUUUGUUUUUGUUUAGUAGGAUGGAUAUCCUCUGCCCACAGUUCCACAGUGGUAUUUGCUGGGGUUUGAGAAAGUAGUCUCUUCACCAGAUUCAAUACUUGCUUAGAACAACCUGUUGAUAUUUUCACAAGGCUCUCUGUCUCACUCUCUCCUCCACUCAAAUCUAAUCUUUUACUUCCAGAGCAUGGCUCUCCUACCUUUCCCUGAAAGUAAGCUGCACCACAACAAACCUCGCCCACGCCAGCUCUCUAAUCUGGUCUUGAAAGACCCCCAAUUUGUCCCUCUUUUGGGCUUCUGGUGUCUUGACCAAGCCUGGCCAAGAGGGAACUUUCUAUUGAGAAAGAAGAGACUUAAAUUUAGGGGAAAAAAGCAUGGAGAGCCACGGUUCACUCUCCCCUCCCACUUCUCUUCCCCACUGUCUAGGAAUAGCAGAACACAGGAUGCUGCCCCUUUGAUUCUUAUUCAACCCAUUUGGGCCUCUUAGCUGGUUUCUUUUGAAAAUCCAACUUUAAAAAGUUAUAGGCCUUUGACUAACAUAGCGUGUUAUUCUCUAACAUCUUGAGGCAACAUCCAUACCAUAUUCCUUAGCCAGGUGGCUAACAUCUUCAUUGCUUUAAAAAAUAACUAUGAGGGCUUCUUCCUUCACCACUGUUUCUAUUUAUUAUAGAGUAAAAGGGAGUUCUGAGUGUGCAUUUGUUUCCCUACUGUAACCAAGACUUUGAGAAGCAUCCCCAUCACAUUAGUUGGUUAUUUUGUCGUGUUGUGUCUCCUCUGAGUCCUUCUUUACCAAUAACUAUCAUUAAAUCAAUCACUCAUUCUAAA